AUGUGGCGGCGGACGCCAACUCUCGCUUCCUGUUUGUCGGCGGCGCAGGCGCUCGUGCCCUCGACGUGGCGGUCCGCCCCUUCCGGGUGGUUUCUCGUCCCACAGUCCAACACAACUGAGGGUGAUGAGCUUUGCGUGGCCAAACUCUUUCUGUUCCUCAACCAUGCCGCACAAUACAUGUUUCUCGGUAAAGUUAUGGCGCUUGCCGAAGAAAUCCAAUGUGUUCCCCGCCUCGAGUGGUUCUAUGCGGAGCUGUACUUUACCCUCCCUCCAACCCCAGCUGCCGAGCGGUUGGCAUGUUACAUGAACGAUCAAGAACGCCUUCGCUGCGGCUUGCGGAACCAGUCGCGUGGGACGAGUGCCUCAGGCCUUCUGUGGAGCAAAGAGCUUAACAAGCGUGUGGAAGAGCGUGCGACUGAGGACUUUUGCUGGCUUCUUACGGAUGACCAACGGAAGACGGAGAAAUUCCUUCAGGAGACGUACAUCCAGUGGCACCACCGUGCGGACUAUUUGGUAACGCGAAAAAGUCGCGAAAAAAGGGAAUUCCGGCAAGAUUUGACACUCCAUCAGGUCAUUCAAGAGGGACAAGAACGGAAAAGAAGGAUGCAACGGCGGCGCUCGCGUGAUGAGAGUCGCGAGGUGAACAUCGCAGCAGGAAAGGAAAGUGAAUGGGACAACUUCACUCAUGACGUCCUGCCGCGGGACCUUCGAGAAGCAUUGGAUCGUGAGAGUGAUGGGAUGGAGGAUGUACGCAUUUCCCGCGCAGGAACUGCCACAGGGGGUUGGAACCGUGGUUACCGCACCCACCCCAACUUCCGCUAA